AGUUGCCCGGGCCCGAGCCGGCCGGGCCCGCGGGUUGCCGAGCCCGCUGACGUCAGCCCGGGCUUCCCCCCACCACCGGGGCUUCCCCAUCCCCCGAGGCUUCCCGGGAGGGCUGCGAGUCCGGGGAGCGUGCGGGGUCGCCACCGUCGGGACCCCCGGAGGAGAGAGGACUUGGGGCGGGAGCCGCGCGGGACGCUGUCCCCCUCCCGCCCCCCACCCCAUUUACAGAUUGGGAGACUGAGGCACAGGCCGCUGGCGGGCCCCGACGGCCACGGUUGGCCUCAGGAGCCCGGGGCUGUGAUUCCUACCGACCGCGCCGCGGGGCUUUCCCCCUUUCCAGGGUGAGGAUGGUUCUACACAGCCACCCGGAGUUCCUUAGUUGAAAGGUGCGCCCUGCUGUGACAGCAUGGACACCACGUUGCUGAAAACACACCUUGGGACUGCCACUGAAUUUAUCUUUUGCGGUUUUAUGACAAAGUUAUUAGUAGUUUCCCUUUUUUGAAUUAGUAUUUUGAAGUUAAUAUCACAAUGAGUUCAGGCUUAUGGAGCCAAGAAAAAGUCACUUCACCCUACUGGGAAGAGCGGAUUUUUUACUUGCUUCUUCAAGAAUGCAGCGUUACAGACAAACAAACACAAAAGCUCCUUAAAGUACCGAAGGGAAGUAUAGGACAGUAUAUUCAAGAUCGUUCUGUGGGGCAUUCAAGGAUUCCUUCUGCAAAAGGCAAGAAAAAUCAGAUUGGAUUAAAAAUUCUAGAGCAACCUCAUGCAGUUCUCUUUGUUGAUGAAAAGGAUGUUGUAGAGAUAAAUGAAAAGUUCACAGAGUUACUUUUGGCAAUUACCAAUUGUGAGGAGAGGUUCAGCCUGUUUAAAAACAGAAACAGACUAAGUAAAGGCCUCCAAAUAGACGUGGGCUGUCCUGUGAAAGUACAGCUGAGAUCUGGGGAAGAAAAAUUUCCUGGAGUUGUACGCUUCAGAGGACCCCUCUUAGCAGAGAGGACAGUCUCCGGAAUAUUCUUUGGAGUUGAAUUGCUGGAAGAAGGUCGUGGUCAAGGUUUCACUGACGGGGUGUACCAAGGGAAACAGCUUUUUCAGUGUGAUGAAGAUUGUGGCGUGUUUGUUGCAUUGGACAAGCUAGAACUCAUAGAAGAUGAUGACACUGCAUUGGAAAGUGAUUACGCAGGUCCUGGGGACACAAUGCAGGUCGAACUUCCUCCUUUGGAAAUAAACUCCAGAGUUUCUUUGAAGGUUGGAGAAACAAUAGAAUCUGGAACAGUUAUAUUCUGUGAUGUUUUGCCAGGAAAAGAAAGCUUAGGAUAUUUUGUUGGUGUGGACAUGGAUAACCCUAUUGGCAACUGGGAUGGAAGAUUCGAUGGAGUGCAGCUUUGUAGUUUUGCAUGUGUUGAAAGUACAAUUCUAUUGCACAUCAAUGAUAUCAUCCCAGAGAGCGUGACACAGGAAAGGAGGCCUCCCAAACUUGCCUUUAUGUCAAGAGGUGUUGGGGACAAAGGUUCAUCCAGUCAUAAUAAACCAAAGGCUACAGGAUCUACCUCAGACCCUGGAAAUAGAAACAGAUCUGAAUUAUUUUAUACCUUAAAUGGGUCUUCUGUUGACUCACAACCACAAUCCAAAUCAAAAAAUACAUGGUACAUUGAUGAAGUUGCAGAAGACCCUGCAAAAUCUCUUACAGAGAUAUCUACAGACUUUGACCGUUCUUCACCACCACUCCAGCCUCCUCCUGUGAACUCACUGACCACCGAGAACAGAUUCCACUCUUUACCAUUCAGUCUCACCAAGAUGCCCAAUACCAAUGGAAGUAUUGGCCACAGUCCACUUUCUCUGUCAGCCCAGUCUGUAAUGGAAGAGCUAAACACUGCACCCGUCCAAGAGAGUCCACCCUUGGCCAUGCCUCCUGGGAACUCACAUGGUCUAGAAGUGGGCUCAUUGGCUGAAGUUAAGGAGAACCCUCCUUUCUAUGGAGUAAUCCGUUGGAUCGGUCAGCCACCAGGACUGAAUGAAGUGCUCGCUGGACUGGAACUGGAAGAUGAGUGUGCAGGCUGUACGGAUGGAACCUUCAGAGGCACUCGGUAUUUCACCUGUGCCCUGAAGAAGGCGCUGUUUGUGAAACUGAAGAGCUGCAGGCCUGACUCUAGGUUUGCAUCAUUGCAGCCGGUUUCCAAUCAGAUCGAGCGCUGUAACUCUUUAGCAUUUGGAGGCUACUUAAGUGAAGUAGUAGAAGAAAAUACUCCACCAAAAAUGGAAAAAGAAGGCUUGGAGAUAAUGAUUGGGAAGAAGAAAGGCAUCCAGGGUCAUUACAAUUCUUGUUACUUAGACUCAACCUUAUUCUGCUUAUUUGCUUUUAGUUCUGUUCUGGACACUGUGUUACUUAGACCCAAAGAAAAGAACGAUGUAGAAUAUUAUAGUGAAACCCAAGAGCUACUGAGGACAGAAAUUGUUAAUCCUCUGAGAAUAUAUGGAUAUGUGUGUGCCACAAAAAUUAUGAAACUGAGGAAAAUACUUGAAAAGGUGGAGGCUGCAUCAGGAUUUACCUCUGAAGAAAAAGAUCCUGAGGAAUUCUUGAAUAUUCUGUUUCAUCAUAUUUUAAGGGUAGAACCUUUGCUAAAAAUAAGAUCAGCAGGUCAAAAGGUACAAGAUUGUUACUUCUAUCAAAUUUUUAUGGAAAAAAAUGAGAAAGUUGGCGUUCCCACAAUUCAGCAGUUGUUAGAAUGGUCUUUUAUCAACAGUAACCUGAAAUUUGCAGAGGCACCAUCAUGUCUGAUUAUUCAGAUGCCUCGAUUUGGAAAAGACUUUAAACUAUUUAAAAAAAUUUUUCCUUCUCUGGAAUUAAAUAUAACAGAUUUACUUGAAGACACUCCCAGACAGUGCCGGAUAUGUGGAGGGCUUGCAAUGUAUGAGUGUAGAGAAUGCUACGACGAUCCGGACAUCUCAGCUGGAAAAAUCAAGCAGUUUUGUAAAACCUGCAACACUCAAGUCCACCUUCAUCCGAAGAGGCUGAAUCAUAAAUAUAACCCAGUGUCACUUCCCAAAGACUUACCUGACUGGGACUGGAGACACGGCUGCAUCCCUUGCCAGAAUAUGGAGUUAUUUGCUGUUCUCUGCAUAGAAACAAGCCACUAUGUUGCUUUUGUGAAGUAUGGGAAGGACGAUUCCGCCUGGCUCUUCUUUGACAGCAUGGCCGAUCGGGAUGGUGGUCAGAACGGCUUCAACAUUCCUCAAGUCACCCCAUGCCCAGAAGUAGGAGAGUACUUGAAGAUGUCUCUGGAAGACCUGCAUUCCUUGGACUCCAGGAGAAUCCAAGGCUGUGCACGAAGACUGCUUUGUGAUGCAUAUAUGUGCAUGUACCAGAGUCCAACAAUGAGUUUGUACAAAUAACUGGGGUCAUCGGGAAAGGCAAAGAAACUGAAGGCAGAGUCCUAACGUUGCAUCUUAUUCGAGCUGGCAGUUCUGUUCACGUCCAUUGCCGGCAAUGGAUGUCUUUGUGGUGAUGAUCCUUCAGAAAAGGAUGCCUCUGUUUAAAAACAAAUUGCUUUUGUGUCCCUGAAGUAUUUAAUAAGAAGCAUUUUGCACUCUAGAAAGUAUGUUUGUGUUGGUUUUUUAAGAAGUCUAAAUGAAGUUAUUAAUACCUGAAGCUUUAAGUUAAGUGCAUUGAUCAUAUGAUAUUUUUGGAAGCAUACAAUUUUAAUUGUGGAAGUUUAAAGCCUCUUUUAGUCCAUUGAGAAUGUAAAUAAAUGUGUCUUCUUUAUGGACCAAG